AUGGUGACCAAGGCGUCCGUGUCACAUUCACCAUGGAAGUCCAUUAGCAAGUGGAUCGCGAACAUAAGCAUAAACCCAACCCUGGCGGGUGCCCACCAACGCCCACACACGGCACGGCCAUACCACGCGGCAGUUGGGCCCUCCUACGGCAUCACCACCCCUGUGCCCGUCCAGCAUCUCGCCCGCCCCUCUCCAUUUCGCUUUGAGACCGGCUAUGCUCUAUGUGCCAAGCGACCCUCGCGACCAUUUCCUCCGCCCUUCUUAUCUCCGCCCUCGACCUCGUUCUCCGAUCCGUUGACUACCCACGGCCUAAGCCAGGAUAAGAGAUUAUCCGUUAAGGGCGAGCUAGUCCGGGGCUUGAAUAAUGGAGACGACGCUAUCAUCGUCGCUGAGAACUUUAUAGGCGUUGAUGAUGGUGUUGGCGCAUGGGCUACAAAGCCGCAGGGUCAUGCUGCCUGGACGAUCGCUGACUUUUCCUUCAACCCCAGACUCUGGUCCAGACUUCUGCUACACUUUUGGGCCCUCGAGGUCGAGCGACACAAUCAUGACCCUUCCCUCGAUCCGGUCGGUUACCUUCAAUCUGCGUACGAGGAGACUCUGCGAGCAACCACGUCUCCAACCGAGUGGCUAGGCACCACCACCUCGGCGACUGCAAUCUUACACCACGCCGAGCAAGACGGCAUCCAGAAACCCUUGCUGUACGUCACCAACCUAGGUGAUUGCAAGAUCAUGGUGAUCCGACCAAGCGAGGAGAAAGUCCUCUUCCGCACCGCCGAACAAUGGCACUGGUUCGACUGCCCCAUGCAGCUUGGCACAAACAGCAUCGACACACCGAGGAAAGACGCAGUCUUGUCCAAAGUCGCAUUGCAAGAGGACGAUAUCAUCUUAGCACUUUCCGACGGUGUGAUGGAUAAUCUCUGGGAACACGAGGUGCUGAAAAUCAUCAUGGAUAGCAUCAACAAAUGGGAAGAGGGCCGUGUUUCACAUGAGGAUGUUCCGAACUCGAGUCUGUCGGACGAACGCAAUGUCUUUGUUGCGCGGGAGCUGUUGAACUCUGCUCUGACUAUAGCUCAAGAUCCCUUUGCGGAGAGUCCGUUUAUGGAGAAGGCUAUUGAUGAGGGACUUGCAAUUGAGGGAGGCAAGAUGGAUGAUAUCUCUGUCGUGGUUGCGUCUUGCAAGAAACGCGCUGGAUGA